AUGGCUAACAACUCUGGCCAAAGUCUGUCGGGAAGGACUCAAGAUUUCAGAGCCGACACACCUCGGACCUUUACCAGGAGCGAUAUACUCCAUGUCAAUCGGUCCAGUCCACAGGAGCCAUACCUCUCAUUUACUAUCGGACCUCAUCCACUACGUCAGCUCAUCAUCAGAAUAUGGUCUCACGAUCAAGGCUGGUGCAAUCCUGAGUUCAAGACCGAUGAUCCCUACGCAAACUCGCAUACUUGGUUUGCCCUCGGCAUCAUUCCGGAAAGCUCUGAUCCCCUUCGCCGUAAACAUGAGCCGUAUCUGUGCGAAAUACAGAGGAACGUUCGUGCGUCCACCAAGAAGAAGUGCCACAUCCUCGAGUGGAGGCUGAACACGCCAUUUGAAGAAGAUCAAUCAGAUGAAAACGAAGCGCAAGGGUGGUUAGAGUCCAUCUCAAAUGGGUCUCGUGUAGAGGUUGGCGUGUUUCCCCUUGCAAAAUACCCAGGCUGGGUAAACGUGGUGUAUCAGGUUGAGGUCGAAUUGUACGACAAUAGCGACACAACUCUGCUGCCAGCGACAGGGCCAGCCGCAGAUGAAGCCAUACAAAGGACGACAUAUGCCUCAACGAAAGCCGCCUCCCAAAGCAUCGAAACGGCUGAUUCAGGUACAAAGUCGGCCCACUCCUUAACUCGGCAGCUAGAGGAGCAACAAGGUGUCUUGGAUCGGGCACCCAGCUGGAACCCAAACAUCGGGAAGGAACUAAACCACCUGGUAUUACGCCUCUGUAAACGCUACGAGCAAACAUGUCAAAUUGAUGAUUUGACGAGAAUAAUCGAAGUCACCCGGAAAGCUGUCGAAGUGACACCUGACGAUCACCCAAGUCUUGCUGGACACUUAAGCAACCUUGGGGACUGGCUAACUAGCCGAUAUUUUCAGACACAAUCAAUAGACGACUUGACUGGAGCAGUCGAAGCAAAAGAGCAAGCGGUCAAAGUGACACCUGAUGGUCACCCAAGCCUUGCUGGAUACUUGUAUAACCAUUCAGUCAGCCUAGGCAUUCGGUAUGAGCGCACAAAGUCAGCUGAGGACUUAAUGAGAGCGAUUCAAGUCAAUCAAAGAGCCGUCGGAGUUACCUCUGAUAAUCAUCCCAAGCUUGCCGAAUUUUUGGGACAUCUUGCAAACAAUCUAGAAGCCAGCUAUAAAACAACGGGGCGAAUCAGCGACCUAGAGAGUGCAAUUGAAGUGCUUGAGAAAGCCGUCAAAAUGGUACACGGCAGAAACCCAAACCUCGUUAGGAAUUUGAACAACCUUGGUGCCUUGCUUCGUGAUAGCUUUGAAGCGACGGGUUCUAUGGAAGACCUGGAAAGGGCGAUCGAAGUCUCCCGAAGAGCCAUAAAAAUCAUACCUGAUUCUGAUCAUGGAGCCCUUGCAGGAUGUUUGAGCGUCCUCGGAAGCUGUUUAGGGAGUCUUGCGUACCAGACACAAUCAACGGAUGACCUAGAUACGGCAAUCGCAUUACUAGAACGAGCUGUUGUAAUACUACCCGCCAAUCACCCAGGCCUCGCUACCGUGUAUACCACCCUUGGGGCUCUUCUUGGCAACAAGUCUGACCGAAUAGGGUCAAUGGAUAUCCUGACAAGAGCGAUUGAAGUUAAUCAGAAAGCCGUAGAAGCGACUCACGACAAUGACCUCAACCUCGGCCCUUCGAUUACUCCUUUGAGUAAUCUUGGUGGAUCACUUGCUACCCGGUCUCAGCGGACAGGGUCUUUAGAUGACCUUACGAAAGCAAUUGAAGCGCUUCAAAAAGCAGCAGGAGCUUCAUCUAAUGGCCACCUAAAUCUCGAUAUAGUUUUCAGUAAUCUUGCAGUUUGUUUUGGUAGAAGGUAUGAGCGGACAGGGUCUAUAGAUGACCUCUCAAAAGCAAUCGAAACAGAUGAGAAAGCCGUCGAAGCAGCACCUCACAAACAUAAAACUCGUGCUGCAAAGCUCAUGAACCUUGGAACCCACUUAGGUAAACGGUAUGAGCGUACAAGGGAAAUGGACGAUCUAACAAGGGCAAUCGAAAUUUCCCAGCAAGCUGUUGAAGCGGCUGAUUCUGCCACCCUCGCUAUUUGUUUGAGCGCUCUCGGAAAUAGGCUAAACGCCCGGUAUAGACGGGCAGGGUCAAUGGAUGAUCUGAUUCGCGCCACUGAGGUAGCCCAGAAGGCUGUUGAAGCAACGCCUCACGGCCAUACGAACCUCGCUCAGUAUCUCGGGAACCUUGGACACAUAUUAGGUCAACGGUAUGCACAGACCCAUGCGGAAACGGACCAAGAUGCUCAGCUUUCAGCGUAUGUUAGAUCUUGGCAUUGUACAACCUCUCCUCCAUCUAGCCGUAUAGACUCAGCUAGGUAUGCUGCCGAUAUCAAUGCAUCGAGGAACAAAUGGGACGAAGCAUACCACUUGUUGCGCGAGGCAGUCCUCCUGUUGCCGGAAGUUAGCCCGCGGUCUCUGAAACAGUCUGACAUGCAGAGCAUGCUCAGUCCCACUACUGGUCUGGCCACGGAUGCCGCUGCAAUAGCUAUCAAUGCUGGAAAACCCGCAUCAGAGGUAUUAUCCAUCCUCGAACUGGGCCGUGGUGUCAUCGCUGGUCUUUCGAUUGAUGCCCAUGGUGAUCUUUCGGAUCUAAGGGUGAAACACCCGUCACUGGCUGACAGAUUUGUCGCACUCCGAAAGGAACUUGACUCGCCCUCACAGAACUGCUGUUCGAUGAUCAAGGUACCAAUGGUCAAUCGGCGGCACCAAGCUAGUCGUGAGUUCGACGAAGUCAUCGAACAGAUCCGCGCCGAAGAUGGAUUCCACGACUUUCUUCAACCUCCAUCCGCUGAGACUCUUAUGGCAGCAGCGAAGUCCGGCCCUAUUGUGGUAGUUAAUCUUAGUCGGUACCGAUGCGACGCAAUCCUUGUGGAGUGCGAAACAGUCCGGCUGUUGGGAAUUCCUGACUUGACUUUUGAAAAGAUCCCAGAGUGUGCCAGGGGCCUCAGCAGCUUCAAGCAUAAUCCUGGACCUGCUCUUGAAUGGCUCUGGACUACAAUUUGCCGGCCUUGUCUUGACGCACUUGGGUUCACAGAAGCUUUCGGCGGCGACGCGCAGUGGCCGCAUAUCUGGUGGAUUCCUACAAGUGGUCUCAGUGAUUUACCUCUUCAUGCAGCAGGCAUUUACGCACCCGGGUCGAAAGAGACGGUUCUUGAUAGAGUGAUAUCUUCAUAUGCCUCAUCCAUCAAGGCGUUGCAGCAUGUGCGUCAGCGACGGGAGAAAUUGAUAGAUGAGCAAGAGCAACAGAACGCUGCUAUUCUCUUCGCGAUGGAAGAGACUGAAGGGCAAAUGCCACUUCCAAACGCAAAAACAGAGGUCGAUAAAAUCAGAGGGCUGUGUGCAUCACUUGGCUUGAAAGCAAUAACACCCCCCCGUCUAAAGGCCGGCAUCCUGGAGCAUCUUCAGGACUGCAAGAUCCUGCACUUUGCAGGACACGGAGAGUCCAGGGAAGAUCCUUCUGAAAGUUGCCUUCUCCUGGAUGACUGGAAAACAAAUCCCCUAACUGUCGGUGACCUUCGUGAGAGCUGGCUUCAGGAGAACCCAGCCUUCCUCGCAUACUUGUCAGCCUGCUCUACUGGAAGUAACCUAGGAAAAGGUCUUUGGGACGAGGCUAUCCACCUCAUCGGUGCCUUUCAAUUAGCUGGUUUUCGGCAUGUUGUCGGUACACUGUGGGAAGUAUCGGAUCCACAUUGCGUCGACGUGGCUACCUUACUAUAUCAGACCCUAUGUGAGGACGGAAUGACGGACGAAGCUGUCAGCUACGGUCUUCAUCGGGCGCUUCGGAAGCUGCGCGAUGACAGCCCUUGGGGAGGAACAAGGAGGGACGCUGAAAGAGAAGACAAAAGGCCAGCGGCAGAAUCCAGUCUCAACACGUAUUGGAUCCCAUUUAUUCACUUCGGUGCAUGA